AUGCCAGCUUAUUAUACAACAUCAGUUACACAGACUACGCCAGCAGCAACAACGAGUGGUUCAAUUGGAGGAAAUGCGGCGAUGAGUGGAUAUAAUUAUUAUUCGAUGACAGCUUAUUAUACAACAUCAGUUACACAGACUACGCCAACGGCAGCAGCAACAACGAGUGAUUCAAUUGGAGGAAAUGCGGCGAUGAAUGGAUAUAAUUAUUAUUUGAUGCCAGUUUAUUGUGUAGCAUCAGUUGCACAGACGACGCUAUAUAAUCAAGCAGGAACGAUAUACGGUGCAAGUGGAAACAUUGGACAACCAAGUGGAUACGGUAUUCCGAUGUCUGGUUAUUAUCAAAUGCCGCAGAAUCCGUCCACUGUAAAUAGACAAUAUGGCUCUGGUAUGUUUUAUGGUCAACAACCAGUUGUUUAUCCAUCAGUUGCACAAGCAACUGCAUAUUCUUCAUUCCCACGAACUCAUGAACAGGUGAGGAUUUUCUCUUGUUCGUUAUGA